AACCAGGAGGGACCUCUACGUUCACACAGCUGGAACUCAUCUCCAGGAAGAACAGCCAGAUCCAUCUCUAGUUGGAGGGAAACUGCCAGAUUUUUGUAAGACUCUUCCUCCUGGGCACCACUAAGGCGGAGAUGGCUCUGCAGAGGACCCACUCAUUGCUUCUGCUCUUGCUGGUCACCCUGAUAGGGCUACAGCUGGUGCAGCCUUCCUAUGGCCAGGAUCGCAUGUACCAGCGGUUUCUGCGGCAACACGUGGACCCUCAGGAGACAGGUGGCAAUGAUAACUACUGCAACUUGAUGAUGCAAAGACGGAAGAUGACUUUACAUCGGUGCAAGAGCUUCAACACCUUCAUCCAUGAAGACAUCUGGAGUAUUCGCAGCAUCUGUAACACCGAAAAUAUCCAGUGCAAGAAUGGCAAGAUGAACUGUCAUGAGGGUGUAGUGAAGGUCACAGACUGCAAGGAGACAGGAAGUUCCAGGACCUCCAACUGCAGAUAUCGGGCUAAGGCAAGCACUAGGCGGGUGGUAGUUGCUUGUGAAGGUGACCCAGAGGUGCCUGUGCACUUUGACAGAUAAAUGCCAUCCUUGGGUGCUAUAUAGCCAGUGAUUGGCCUCUGAUUUACUCCAAGAAUAGCAAUGAGUAAUGCAUUUAAAUUGUUUUGGACUCUGUCUCCUCUGCUCAUUACUUACACUUUCCCUCUAUGUAACCCAUUUUAUUAAGUAUCCAAGAGAAAUGGAGGCAAACUAUGGUGAGUCCAGGCUUUUCUAUUAUAAGCUUCUUUAUAAAAGACAAGUCAACUUAGCCGUUUCAGAUCCUAUACUCUGGAAUUGAGUCAUUAUGUGUAUUUAUAUCACAUUUCAAGCAUUUUAAAGUACUUUCUUCUCAGUUAUCUCAUUUUCAUACCCCUUGUACCCCUUUUAUGCUGACAAUGCUGUUAAGGGAAUUUACUGAAGACCAUUAAGUUAGUGGAAGAUCUGAGACAAAAUUUCAGUUGAAUUGGCUCCUCAUUUGGGGCUUUUUCUGUUCAUUAUAAGGAGUGUUUUGAAAGUGUCUGCUUUUUAUUAUUCCCAAAAUUUAGCUGUUUGGGGAGUCAUUAAAUGUUUAGAAAUAAAAUACUGGUAAAAUCAGA